AUGGCUGAAUACUACUCGAAUCUGCUAUACUUGAAGACAAUCCGAGCAUGGGAAACAAAGUUCGGAGGUAUAAUCACUAGUCCGACGCCAAAGCAUCGGAUCCGAUGUUUUUGGGUUAGUGGACUAGCGGGUUUCGGGUGCGGGUUCAGCGGACUACGGAGAAUAAUGACAACGAAUGUCGGGAAAGCGAGCGGUCAGUCCAAUAUAUAUGCGAAGGUAGCGGCCGAUGAUUUCGGAUCCGAAGUACAUGUAAAUAAACAUGAGGCGCUGCGGACUAUGGGAAAACAUGUAAUAGCUCUUGCUACGACUGGGGCUAGCAAGACAGGAUGGGACACGGAUAGGACAAGUGCACGGGAAAAUAUCGGGUCCGCUGCAGCCGAAAUGUCGGGUCCGCUAGUCAAAGUGUCGGAUCUGCUGGAGGUGAUUAACGUGUGA